AAGUCUGUCGUAGUCGUCACUUGCUUUUUUCAACUUGCAUUGAUACCACGGCCCGAGCGAGCAGAAAACAUUAACUUUUAAAAUACCUUAAAAUGGCCAGCCAAACGCAGGGAAUACAGCAAUUGCUUGCUGCCGAAAAGAAGGCAGCCGAGAAGGUUGCCGAGGCCAGAAAACGCAAGGCAAGGAGAUUGAAGCAAGCCAAGGAUGAGGCCACCGAGGAGAUCGAGAAAUUCCGCCAGGAGCGCGAACGCGCCUUUAAAGAAUUCGAGGCCAAGCAUAUGGGCAGCCGCGAAGGAGUUGCAGCGAAAAUCGAUGCUGAUACUCGUGUGAAGCUGGCCGAUAUGGAGGCUGCCAUCAGGACACGCAAAGAACCCGUCAUUCAGGAGAUCUUGCAGUUCGUCUAUAACAUCUCUCCCGAAGUGCACAAAAACUACAACAGGAAGUAAAUUUUUGGGCGCGACAACGACGUCAACGGCGUUGGCCGUAUCCAAAAUAUUGCUCGUUCUAUUGUAAAUUCGAUGUCCAAGUUCAACUCUUUAAUGCAUAAUUUAGCCCCUUAAUAAUAGUGCAUACUAUAUUAAACACUGCUGUAUUAUUAUUCCAUAUAUUAAAAAAUUUGUUGUUUCACCAAGAUAGAACCUCGGUG